AUGGAGGAGGAGGACACAACGACCAUGAGUGAACAAAAAGCCAUCCUAGCAGAACUUCCACUAAGUGCUUCCGAUCUUUCAGCACCACCCAAAGAUAAAUUCCAUAUCGUCUUUUUCAUUUUCCUCCUUCAAGGAGUGGGUGUUCUCUUUCCAUGGAAUGCAUUCAUUUCAGCACCUGAUUACUUUUCAGCUCUCUAUGGAGAUAACACAAUGCUUUAUUUUAGUGUUGCGUAUUCCAUUCCAAACUUGUUAGGUGUAUUGGCAAUGGUUAAAUUAUCUCCUAAAAUACCAAUGGCAUGGAAAAUGUAUCCAAGUUUUGUAGUGACUCUACUGGUACUCAUUGCUGUACCUAUUUUAGGAUAUAGUGGUGUGAAUGGCACGCCUGGAUUUGUUGUGACCAUUCUAUUGAUUGUAUUGAGUGCAUUAUGUACUGCAGUGUUACAAGGAAAUAUAUUUGGUAUGUCUGGAAUGUUACCUUCCAGUUAUAUUACUGCAGUCAUGUCUGGAAAUGGUGUGGCUGGAGUAGCAUGUUCAUUCUUGAGAAUUGUUACUAAAUUAACAAUUGAACAGAAUCGAAAACAUGUUCCAAUUUUAAUCAUGACUACAAGUGCUGCUGUUUAUUUCUUUGUUUGUGCAUUGGUCAUUUUAGCAUGUAUUGUGACCUUUUUCAUUGUCAUGAGAAUGCCAUUCACUCAAUAUUAUUUGAAUAAGGCGAAUAGUUCAAAGAAUACUACAAGUGUAAAUUCUGAGAAUUAUGAUGAAAUUUCUACAUUGGUUCAACCCACACAAGCAAAGAAGCCUUCUGUUUUUUCAGUCUUUAAAAAGAUUUGGGUGCAAGCCUUGAUGGUCAUGACUGUGUUUGUGGUUACCAUUGGUGUGUUCCCUGGUUUGUCUGUUUCUGUUCCAACAUGGUACAAGGGUACAGAGAUGAAAGAUUGGUUACCAAUUUUAAUUGGAACGACUUUUAACAUUUUUGAUUUUAUUGGAAGAACUGCUCCACGUUGGAUUAUUAUGUUCAAUCGAAAAUUUGUUCCAAUUCCAGUAUUGCUUCGUAUUUUAAUUCUUCCAUUAUUUGUUUUCAUGUACAAACCAAGUAUUGUUGGAUUGGAAGCUUUUAAUGAUGCAGUACCAUUGUUGGCUACUGCUUUGGUUGCAUUGACCAAUGGAUACUUGUCAUCGUUGUGCAUGAUGUAUGGUCCUUCUUUGGUUGAUGAUCAUGAAAAGGAAGUUGCUGGUACGCUCAUGACAUUCUUUUUAUUAUUUGGAAUUGUGUUGGGAUCCUUCACGGGUCUAGCUAUUGGACAAAUCUUGGGUGCUGUCAUACCAAACACCAAUAAUUAUGUGGAUUAA